GGAUAUGAUGGUAGAAAAUGGAUCAAGACCAAAGUUAAUAUUGAAGACCACGUAGUUGUACCGAACGUAGACCUUGACAAGAUCGGUCAAAAUGGAGAUGAGUAUGUCGGCGACUACAUCUCACGUCUAACGAUGAUUACUCUUGAUAAAUCAACACCCUUAUGGGACAUUCACAUCCUUAACGUCAAGACAUCUGACGCAGAAGCAGUCACUGUCAUAAGAACUCACCACUCCUUAGGAGAUGCAACGUCUCUGAUGUCUCUUUUGGUGGCGUCUACACGUAAAACAUCAGACCCUAAGGCAUUUCCUACUAUCCCUGCCUUGAAAAGACGCGGAACAACAUCGUUCAGCCUUAUAAAAAAAAACUGGUUUAUGAAGUUUAUAUUCACCAUGUGCAAUGCAUUAAUAUUGAUUUGGAAUACCGUUAUAGAUGUUUUGCUAGUUUGGGCGACAAUAUUGUUCUUGAAAGAUACAGAAACACCUCUGCAUAGCCGUAAGGAUACUGGGAGUAAUCUGAGAAGGUUUUAUCACCGAACUGUGUCCUUGGAUGAUAUAAGACUUAUAAAGAAAGCUAUGAACAUGGUAUGGUAUGAUUCCUCUUGUGCAAAAUGCUGCAAGACGAUCAAUGAUGUUCUACUCGGAGUUACGCAAGCCAGUGUUUCCCGCUAUAUGAACUGCCGAUAUGGCAAUAGGAAACCUGAGGAUGGAAUACGAAUUCGUUCAGGUGUUGCGAUAAAUCUUAGGUCGGAAGUCGGGCUUCAGCCUUUGGCAGAUAUGAUGUCUAAGGGCUCAAAAUGCAGAUGGGGAAACUACGUUAGCUUGUUUCUUUUUCCAUUCUCUACCGGUUUAGAAACGGAUCCAUUGGUUUAUCUAUCAAAAACUAAAUCCACAAUGGAUGGAAUGAAGAACUCUCUUCUCCCUACUAUAAUUUUUUGGUCUAUCAAGUCGAUCUUCAAUAUCCUCGGAGCUAAGAUAGGAGCAGUGAUAUUAAAACGAACCGCUUCAAACACAACGUUAUGCCUUUCAAAUGUCACUGGCCCUAUUGAAGAAGUUAGUUUCAAAGGCCACCCAAUCGCUUACAUCGCUCUAAGCACAUACGGACACUCACAAGCAUUAUUGAUACACUUUACAAGUUACGCGAAGGAUAUGUUAAUUUCGAUAGCGAUUGAUCCUAUGGUCAUACCGGAUCCUCAAGAGCUCCUUGAUGAAAUGGAGGAUUCAUUGAAAGCUAUGAAAGCCACUCUCUUUGAAAGAGGUUUACUCUAG